UACCCCAUUGGCCACUUUGGGUCAGCUGCCCUGGCUGUGUCCCCUCCCAACUUCUUGUGUCCCUCCAGCCUUCUUGCUGGCUGGGCAUGAGAAGCUGAAAAAUCCUUGACUUAGUCUAAACAUUACUUAGCAACAACUGAAACCAUCAGUGUGUUAUCAACAUUCUUCUCAUACUAAAUCCAAGACAUAACACUAUACCAGCUACUAGAAAGAAAAUUAACUCUAUCCCAGCCGAAACCAGGACAGGAAGGGAAGGCAAAGCAGGUGUCAUUGCUCUCUGCAACUCUCUGGUGGGGGUUUGGAGUGAUGCCAGAGCCAGGGUCCUCUAGGAGAGGACCAGAGAGAGGAUGAGAGGCAAUGGCACAAGCUACAUCAUGGGGAAAUUCCCAUUCCCAGAGGCUGGGAGGGGAAAUCUGCGUCCACAGAGACCUUCAGCUCUCCAUGGGGCUGGCCCCAGGGCAAUGUGCUCCUGUGUCCAGGCUGGCCCUGCUCUCCUCCAGCUCUCCCCUGGCCUGGGGAUUUGGGUCUGUCCUUGCUCUGCCAGUGCCCUGACCUCAGGUUGCACUGCCCUGGCCCUGACGUGUGCCCAGGGGGACCGUGAGCACUUCUGGGGUGUGUGAGGGGAUGGACCGGAGGUGCUGGGACCAAUGAGAGGGUGCUGGUCCCCACAGCCAUGCGUCUCUGGUCCCAUCUGCUACAGCUCAGAGCAAACUUCUGCUUCUGCAGAAGCCAGCUGCACUUCUCCUUUGCAACCCCGAGAGCACAAUCACUGGGGAGCAGGACCAUCCCUGAAAGGCAUCCCAAAGGCAGGGUGGGAGCCAGCAGGGCAGGAGCCAGCAGGGCUUAGGGCUUGCCCAGCACUUGCCCACAUGGCCCAGAGUGUGGUUUAUGCUGACCUGAGGUUUGCCAAGGUGAUGGGGGGACGGAGCAUGGCCAACCAGGCGCUGGAGGCAGCCCUCGGCAUGGAUGAAGCAGAGAGCCCCUACAAGAAUGUGCAGCCGGUGCCAGUGGGGCAGGAUGAGGACGAGGCCCAGCCCAGCCCAGGGCACUGGUCCCGGCAGUGGUGCAUCCCUGUGGGGCUGCUGGCAACCUGCCUGCUGGUGGCCACUGUGGCCCUGGGGGCUUGCUACUGUCAGGUCACCCGCAGCCUGCGGGAUGCCUCCCGUGAGCAUGCGGCCGAGUGGGGCCGCCUCUCGCAGGAGGUGAGUGCACGGGAGCAGAGCCUGGAGCAGACACGGCUGGAGCUGGCGUGGGCCAGAGCGGAGCUACAGCGAGCAUGGCGGGAGAGCAACAGCAGCCAGCUGGAGCUGGGGAGCCUGAACGCCGAGCUGGCGCAUGUCAUGGGUGUCCUGGGGAAGACAGAGAAGGAGAUGCAGGAGGUGCAGGGGAAGCUCAACAACAGUGAGAGCACUGUGGCCAUCCUGCGCUCCUGCACGGCUAUAGACUGCUGCCCCUCAGGCUGGCUGCUGUACAGGGGCAAGUGCCUCUUCAUUUCAUCGGAGAAGAAGACAUGGGAGGACAGCAGAGACAAGUGCGAGAAGAAAUAUUCUCAGCUCCUGGUCACCAAAUCCUGGAGUCGCUGGACCAUGCCGACCUUCCUGAAGAAUACAGACAUCCCGUACUGGAUUGGGCUGCAGAAGAGCAGCUUCCCCUGGUACGACUACGGCUGGCUGGAAGAAGGGGACCUGGACAGCGAGGGGGUCUUGGAUGCCUGGUUCUGGGUGGAUGGUUCCCUUUACGAAAGGCCAUGGCAGUCAAAGUUGAAUGGGUCCUGUGCCAUAAUAAGCCGCGGGAACAUCAAACCCACCCAGUGCGCCAGUCCUGAUGACCUGCACCUCUGGAUCUGUGAGAAGGCAGUGGGGCCAAGCUCCCCUUUCAUAUGA